CCAUGAUUGAGGACAUGUAUAACAAAGAUGCUAAAACUAAUACUAAACUAAAACUGCAUUUCUGAGUAUGGCUUUAUUCAAAUCAUUGUCAAUCAGAAGCAGCUGAUGCAGUGAGCGGUCCACAAGCUUCCUGAUCCGCCUCCCUCUAAACAUGUCUGCAUCCUUCUCCCCAACACUAACCACCCUCAUGUCCUCCUUUACUAUGAAUCUCCUCUUUCCUCAGCAUCCAUCAAUAAAAUCAUCUCAAUUUUCUUCCCCGCAUAUAUCUCCAAAACAUCUAAAGUGAGCUGUUCCUCUGGAUGCAAAGGACACAUCCCACUUUCCAGUGUUCCUUCUGCUUAUCUCUUAUACUGCUCCCAAUGGCACAGUGACUCAGCAGCUUUCACAUGCAGCUGCACUUACAGAGAACACAGUUGCAUCCCUAUUGGCUGUAGAGGUACCCUUCAAAUGCUGUGUUUUUUUGUUUUUUUUUCACCACCCAACCAGACUAAACUUGCUCACACAGUCCUGAUGCGUUGCACUUUUACAGUGAGUCUCUGCAGUGAAGCAGCUCUGACUUCAGAGAGAGGAGACAGGCUGAGCCAGAAAAGGAUGAGAGGAGAGGAAAUGAUGAGGAGGAAGAGGAGGGAAAUGGGGAGGGGCAGGAGAAGAUGAUGUAAAGCUGAAACACAAUCUGGCUCAAUCACCCCCCCUCAUCUUUUGCUCACGUGUGCGCAUAAACACUGGGGGAAGCUCUCUCGCUCCCACACAGCCUGGAAUCUCAUGUUUGACUCCUCUCUGCUGAUGAGAUCGAGGUGCGUUUUCACGUCAGGAUUGCUGUGACUUUAGAGGCGUGUUUAGUGCACGAACCUCUGUCACUCACUGGAUCCACUAGUGUUUACAGUUGUGUUCUGGAGCGGAUGAUGCCUGUUGAUCUGUCCGUUGAAGCAGCUGUGGUGCAGGAUAAGAAGAACGUGUGUUCCCAUGUCCCAGUUUUAGGAUGGCCAGUGAAAUCUCCUCUAUUCCCAGUCCUGUUUUUCGCCAAAUUGACAAGCAGUUCCUGAUCUGCAGCAUAUGUCUGGACCGCUACGAAAACCCCAAAGUCCUGCCCUGCUUGCACACCUUCUGUGAGAGGUGCCUGCAGAACUACAUCCCCGCCCACAGCCUCACUUUGUCGUGUCCCGUUUGCCGCCAGACCUCGAUCCUGCCGGAAAAAGGUGUGGCGGCAUUGCAGAACAACUUCUUUAUCACCAACCUGAUGGAUGUGCUGCAGCGGGCGCCGGACAACUGCAGCCAAGAGGACGCCAUUCUUAACAACAUCGCCUGUGUUGCUACAGGUCAACUGCUGUCCUGUCCCAACCAUGGAGGCAGUGUCAUGGAGUUUUACUGUCCUCCAUGUGAGACAGCCAUGUGUCAGGAGUGCACAAGUGGUGAACACGGAGAGCAUCCAACUGUGCCUCUCAGAGAUGUCGUUGAGCAACACAAAGCCUCACUGCAAGACCAACUUGAUGUUGCCAAGAAGAGGUUACCAGAGAUCGACUCAGCUUUGCACAUACUGUCAGAGAUUUUGCAACAACUGACAAAUCAGAAGAGCUCCAUUGAGGAUGACAUCCACACAGCCUUUGAUGAGCUGCAGAAGACGCUCAACGUCCGGAAGAGUGUCCUUCUCAUGGAGCUGGAGGUCAACUAUGGUCUCAAGCAGAAGGUACUUCAAGCCCAGCUGGAUACUCUGCUGCAGGGGCAGGAGGGCAUCAACAGUAGCUGUAACUUCACCGAGCAAGCCCUGAACCAUGGCACAGAGGCCGAGGUCCUCCUGGUGAAGAAGCAGAUGAGUGAGCGUCUCAUGGAGCUGGCCAGCCAGGAGCUGCCUCUACAGCCCAAAGAGAACAACCAACUGGACUUCCUUGUGGAAAUAGAGGGACUAAAGAAGUCCAUCCACAAUCUGGGAACUAUUGUGACCACCAAUGCUGUAGCAUCUGAAACUGUGGCAACGGGAGAAGGCUUACGGCACUGUGUGGUGGGAGUGCCCACUUCCAUCACAAUAACAACCAAGGACAAGGAUGGAGAAUUGUGCAAAAUGGGCAAUGCACUCAUCACUGCUGAAAUCUCCCCACCUGACUACAGCAAGGACAAUGGAGAAAUACUGGAUAACAAAAAUGGCACUUAUGAGUACAUUUUCACUGCUGUAAAAGAGGGUACUUUUAACCUUUCGCUGCGGUUAUACAACCAGCACAUCAAAGGAAGUACCUUCAAAAUUAAAGUCAUCAAAUCCAUAGAUGCAUGUCCAAAAUCUGACGGGACGAAGAAAAGGUUAAAGUCUCCCGGUAGUGGACACAUUAAGCAAAGGGCCAUCAAGAGGCCAGCUAGUAUGUACAGUGCAGGGAGGAGGAAGGAGAACCCUAUUGAGGAUGACCUCAUCUUCAGAAUUGGCACAAAAGGAAGAAACAAAGGAGAAUUCACAAAUCUGCAGGGAGUGGCUGCCUCAUCUCUGGGGAAGGUGCUGAUAGCAGACAGCAACAACCAAUGUGUCCAGAUGUUUUCAAAUGACGGCCAGUUCAAAAGCCGCUUUGGGAUCCGGGGCAGGACGCCGGGUCAGCUGCAGCGGCCGACGGGUGUGGCCGUACACCCAAAUGGAGACAUCAUCAUCGCUGACUAUGACAACAAAUGGGUCAGCAUAUUUUCAAGUGAAGGCAAGUUUAAGAAUAAGAUAGGCUCUGGGAAGCUGAUGGGACCUAAAGGCGUGGCCGUGGACAAAAACGGACACAUCAUUGUGGUCGACAACAAGGCCUGCUGCGUCUUCAUCUUUCAGGUUAACGGGAAGCUAGUCACCAAAUUUGGCAGCCGAGGAAAUGGUGACAAGCAGUUUGCAGGCCCUCACUUUGCUGCCGUCAAUAACAACAACGAAAUCAUCGUGACCGAUUUCCACAACCACUCUGUCAAGGUGUUCAACACUGAAGGAGAAUUCCUGCUGAAGUUUGGAUCCAACGGUGAAGGCAACGGGCAGUUCAACGCCCCCACAGGUGUUUCCGUGGACGCCAAUGGGAACAUCAUCGUAGCAGACUGGGGCAACAGCAGGAUACAGGUGUUUGAUGGCAGCGGCUCCUUCCUCUCCUACAUCAACACGUCAGCAGACCCGCUGUACGGGCCGCAGGGACUGGCGCUCACCUCUGACGGACACGUCGUGGUGGCCGAUUCUGGCAACCACUGCUUCAAAGUGUACCGAUACCUGCAGUAGCUCAUGUCUUACUCUGUAAACACCUGUACAGCAUAUAUGUGUUGUUGCUACAGUCAACCACUCAUCUUCAAAUGGAAACUGUUUAACUUAUUUAAAGAAUAUUUGGAUUUUUGUGCCAAAAACAACUAAAUAAUGUCAGGAAAUGAAUCAUCUUAGACACUCACAAGCUUGCUGAUCAUUGGCGCUUUUAAGAGUCACUGAUAACCUUCUCAGUUUUAGUGUGCUGAUUUAAAAAAAACUGGAAAUAAAGAAAAAUUGCAUAAUAGCUUAGAGUACCUUAUCGCCAUAGAAAUUGUAAAUCAUGCUAUUUAAAACCUUUGAAUCUUAUUAAAAGACUGUUCAAAUUCCUAAUAAUUUGCCUGUUCACAAAUGCAGAAAAUGUUGCAUCUCCUGCAUUUAAUUAGUGGGAUGUUUUACAGCAUGAAGACAUCUCUGAGCAUGACGUCUAAAUUAUCCUGCACAAUUUGUAUGACUUCAGCAUCACUGCUAAAAUGUUUAUUCGAGCUACUACUAUAACUAUGAUCCCUAAGACUACAAUAGUAUGAGAAAUCUGUUUCACAAUUUUCCACUCUACAAAACAAUUUAUGUGUGUAUGUAAAAUAUGUUUCCAUUUGUUCAUUUUUAUUUUAAGUUUUUAUUCAUGAUCCACUUCUUUCAUAUUUUGUUUUUUUUCCAAGUUAAAGGCAAGUGCUGGCAAAAAAAAAAAAUGCUGAGAUUGGAUCACACAAAAUGUAUGAAAUGACACCAGAGAUAGAGCUUCAAUCACCUUUAGCUAUUUGUACAUGUGCUCUUAUUGUAUAUAUGUGUUUUCAAUGCAUUUUAAGAGGUGUAUAUUUUAACAAAACCAACUGUCUUCACAGAAAGAAAAGGGAAAAGAUAGAAUGCACCAAAUGUAAAUUGUAAUAAUACCUAUGUGUUCCUGCUUUAGAAAACUUAGAUCAUUUUAUUUCAAGCACAUAAUUGUCAAUAUUUGUAAUUUCGACGUUGAUCACUCAUUUUCUACACAAACCUGUAAAAGUUUUAUUUCAUGUUUUUAUUUUUCUUCUAAUGCCAAGUGAAAUUAAAAGUGCCCAAAGAAAACAAA